UCUGCACCCGCACCGGACACAUCUGCUACUGUACUUCCUGUUGAUAUAAUGAAACCAGACUUUUUGACAGUAAGCUAGGGCAGAUCAUCGGUGAACGUUUACAAGAUAUAUAACAUAUUUGAUUGACUGAUCAACUGAAAAAUCUCAAGAACAAUUCCAAAAUGAGUGAUACAGAGGCAUUACUGUCAAAUGACAAUUCCAGAAUGACAUAUUACUCAAAUUUUCCAUCCAUGUCUGAGGUAAGGAUUAUUUUGAUGGGUAAGACUGGAACAGGGAAGAGUGCGACAGGAAACACCAUCCUGGGACGGGACGUGUUUCUGGCAGAGGCUUCACCUGAACAAGUUACAACCAAGCCCAGCAAACAAUUAGCAAAACAAGGAGGAAGAAUGAUCUCUGUAAUUGACAUGCCAGGUUUCUGUGGAUCAUUGACUAAAGAAGACAUGAAGAAACAGACAAAGCAGUGUGUUGACCUGUCUGUUCCUGGUCCUCAUGUGUUUCUGCUGGUGAUCAGUCUGGGUGUGAGAUACACGGAGGAGGACGUGAACACAGUAAAACUGAUUCAGGAGAACUUUGGAGAAAAUGCUACACGUUACACCAUCGUUCUGUUCACUCGCGCCGAUCAGCUGAAACGCAAAACUUUGCUACAGUAUGUAGGAGAAAGUCAGCAUCUAAAGAAACUUGCCAACAGCUGUGGUGGCAGAUAUCAUGCAUUCAACAAUCAAGACAUGAUGAACCGCAUUCAGGUCACUGAACUGAUGAAGAAGAUUGACAAAAUGGUAGCGGAAAAUGGAGGAGACCAUUACACUAAUGAAAUGUUUGAAGAAGCUCAAAAAAAAAUAAAAGCAGAAGAGAUGAAAAAAAAAGCAAUAGAUGUUGCAUUGGGAGUUGGAUCAGCUGUAGGAACAGGAUUAGCAGUAGCAGGAGGUGUUGUCCUGGGAGUAACGGAGGCCGUGUUUUUACCUGCAGUUUUACUUGUAACUGGUACUGCUGUUGCUUCUGCUCUUGCAGGAAUGGGUGUGAAACGUGCUGUGAAAAAAAUUAAACAAACCAGAGAGAAAAUGAAUUAGUUAUUCCUGUUAGUUUUUGUUAUUGUUUUAUUCUUUUAGUUUAAGUCUGAACAUAUCCACAACAUAAAUGUAGGUAUAUAUUUCCAGCUAUUGGAUUACCAAAACCAAAACCUUAAGUCUAUUAUUAUUAUUUCUCCAAGUGAGACACUUUACAAUUGAUUUCUCGCUUGCUGCAUUUCUUCCAAAAAAUUCAGGUGUGUAAUACAAGACUUGUUGCAGCUACAGUAUUUAGUCUUUGAAAAAUUAAGUAGGUUUACUAAUUAUUACACAUCAUCUCUAGAUUAUUAUAAACAAAAUCAUGUUAAUAAUGUUAGAAUUUCAACAUCAAAUUUAGGUCACUUAGGUGGUGGAUCCAAAAGGGUCAAUAUUCAUAUUUAUGCAUUUUAUUCAUAUUAAUCAUUUAUGGCUUAUGAUUGAUCAAUAUUAUCUUUGAUUUAAUAUAUUCAUGUAAUCCUACUUCAUAUAUUAAUCAUUAUCAUAUAUUCAAGUAUUUACUCCUUAUUGUUACGCAUUUAUGAUUAUUUUUCAUUAAAUUUUCAUCUUCUCAAGGUAUUAUUGUUUGAGAGAAUGCUUGCUAGUAGUUCAAGUGUUCCAAUGUGACAAGUUAUGUUAACAUGUUUGUGCUUAAUAUUAGACGCCUGCCAAGUACUGCAGAGAAGUGAUAAUGCUCUCAGAAUUUGUUGCUCAUUUGAACUUAACGUACCUUCUUAUCAAAAUAUGUCUGUUUCCAUUUCUGCAGACAUGAGAUAAUGCAAGAUCUGCAAUAUUCUCUUAAAGGUGUCAAAGCAACACCUAUUUUCAUCUAUUUUUGACAUUUGACCAGUCACUUCUUUUGUUCUUUCUUUCUCUAUACUCUGAUCUUCACAAUCUUCAUCUGUUAGAUACAAUACUAAUAUAUAAUAUUAUUUUAAACUAUUGUUCUCUUGAUUCAUUUGUUUGUCUCUAUAUUAUUAAAUUUUUACUUAAUAAAAUAAAUUAUUCCUUAAUCAAA